AUGUCCAGCGCACGGCCUCUUUGGGCCGAUGGUGACCCCGAGGAGUUGGCUCUUGCCUUCUUCGCAAGGACGGAAGAAACAGGCAAGAGACUGGGAAGGCGACACUACAUGCGUUUCUUAGCAGCCAUCUCGAGUGCAUCAGUUCACAACGCGUGGAUGCAAGCUACGUCGCCUGGCGGCGAUCUUGUCGCGCAACUGAGCAACAUCUUGCAAACUGCCCAAGCAGCUGAGCGCCUUAUCACGUCCGCGUUGCCGCCCGAACUCGACGAUGACGAUGAUGGGAACGAAUCCGAUGAGGGCAGCAGCACCAGCAGCAGCACCAGCAAAAUGGCCGACGCACCUAGCGAAGGCACCGCAGGCGCGCAAAGCGCCGAUGACGAACCCCCCUUGAGCGGCUUAAAAGCUGCUGUUAACGUGCUCCUCGGCGCAGCUGGCCGUGCUGCUGGCCGUGCGGCUGCUGCGGCUGCUGACAACAGUGGUGCUUCUUGUGUUGGGGAUGGUGGUGGUGGUGAUGGUGGCGGCCCCGCCGUCCGCAGCCGUGACUCGCCCAACAGAGCUCCCGCAGAGCUCCCGGCUUCACCGCGCCGCGUUUCCAGCUGCGCCCACGGGCCCCACUCCCGCCUGCUCCUCCUCACCAACGAAUUAUUGGACAGCAUCUUGACGUUCCUGGACGGCUGCAGCGCUGCCUCCGCCGCCGCGGCCUGCCGGCGCCUCCGCGCCGCGCACAACCGCCUGCACUACUUCGACUUGUCGCCGGCCUUCCGCACGUACUUGGCGGCGCUGAUCGCCCUCCGGGAGGAGAACGAUUUUUUGGAUGGCUCCCUGGAGUCGGAGUUCGUCGCCAACUUUCCGCUCGACGGCAGCCCAGUGUGCGGCGUCGACCUUUCGGACGACGCGUUCAGGCGGCGCAUGACGGCGGCUAUGCCCGACGUUGAGCAGGUCUUCGCGCUGUUGGCGGCGCCUGGUGACAGAUCACUGGAGGAGUUUCGGUCUUCGAUUGCUCAUGCUGGGCAGCAACGGCCCCAGCCGCCCCACGUGCAGAGCUCCCCGCUAGCCGCAUUCAGUAACUCCAAACCGCCGGGCCCGACGAGCAUUGCGGCGGCAGCCGGCGGCGGCAGCGGCGGCGGCAGCCAUGGCGGCAGUGGUGCUGGAGGCACCGGGUUGGCUUCUUGGCUCGUCAAUGCCAUGUGCGACGUACAUGAGAUUUCGAACAUGCCCGCUGGUCGCAUGUGCUGCGACGGAGACCUCCUGGUGCUCGCUAGCGGGUACGACAGCGGCGGCGGCAGAAACUGCGCGAGGAUGCCACCGCCGCUGUCAUCACCGCCGGCGGCGGCGGCACUCGGGGCUCGCUCGCCGCCGUCAUCGGGAGUCGUCGUUACUGCGUUGACGCUCGGACGGGGGCCUUACGUGCAGUACGACGGGGUGGCCCAAUAUAACGUCAGCGCCGGUCGGUCUUUUUCUUCGUCUGGGCCGCCGUACGCCGUACAGCUUUGCGCUGACAGCACGAAUGGCUUGGUGUGGGUGGCAUCGAACGAGGGCGGCGGGGUUAUCCGAGGCUUUCGGGCACCGGCUGAGUCGCCGUCGUCAUCGCUGCCACUCGCCAGCGGCGGCCGCCGCCGCGAUGGUGGCGGUCGCGGCGGCGGUGAUACGGCACUCCAGUACGUUUUGUACGGCAAUGUUUCGGGUCUUGGUGGCAGCCCGGCUGGGGUCCAUGUGGUGGGGGAGCGACUCGCCUUUGUGACGAGUAGCGGAGCAGUUCAGUUUUGGAACCUGGCCAGCACACUGCGACCUGGCGGCCAAAUGGCUUCUUGGGCUCCUGGCAGCCGCGGCGGCGGCGCCGUCGCCGCCGCCGAGGACUACGCCGCAGGCCGCGGCGAUGAUGCCGACACUGACAUGUACGACAACGAUGACGAUAUCUUGUUCGGAGAAGGAGACGAAGACGAUGAGGACUUCAGGAAGGGGCGUCCGCCGCAUAGGUGGUGUCGGCGGAGUGGAUAUGCUGCCACCGUCGUACAUAAUGUACGACCACACGUCAUCAGCACGUUGCCGCUUCCGUCACCCCGUGGCGAUCCUUCACCUUUGAGUUUACUCACGAGCCUAUCGGCGGACACGGAGCCCAUGGCGGCGGCCCAUGACGGUGACGGCGACGGCGGCCCGAUCUGUCUCACACGGCUACUGUACGACGGCACAGCUCCUACGGCGCCAAUCCUUGUGGCAGCACUGACCGGAAAUAUAGUCGUGUCGUACGACCUGGAGACGCUGCGUGUCAAGCAACAGCUACUUGGGCACCUGUACGGCAUAACGGACAUUGCCGUACCGCCGAGUGCCUGGCGGCAGUCGGACCUGUUUGCGACGUGUGCUCGCUCCGGCGAUGUGAAGCUGUGGGACGUGCGUACGAAGUGCGGCUCGGCGGCGGUGACGCUGACGAACGGCGAAACGGCGCCGCUGAACUCGGUAGUGCUCGCCAGUGCCAGCGGCGGCAGCGGCGGCGGCGACGGCGGCGGUCGAGGGCAACUUGGCGGCGGGAUGAUUUGCUUUGCAGGAGAUCCUCUGCAGCUAUCGACCGGCAACACGCAAGUCAUCUCCCUCGCCUGGCAUGGAUCCAGAAACAGCCUCCUCGCCGCGUGUGAGAGCAAAUGGGAGAGUGUACACGGUACCCACAGCCCCCAGGACUGGAAGCUGGUUCGCGUUGACGGGGGCCUUGGUGUCGGCGGCGGCGGCGGCGGCGGCAGCUUCGGGAUGGUGGGAGGCUGUGGUGCUGUUGGCGGCGAUGCUCUCAACCUUCUUGCAGCCGGCGGCACCGCAGCCACCACCGCCGCUGCAGCUGCCGCUGCCGCUGCCAGUACGGAUCGCCAAUACUAUUGGCCAGCUCGCGCGAAGCACCUCCAUGGCGAUUUCGGAGCCUACUUCAACCUGGCUCGCUCCUGCGUGUUGCGCUACAGGUUCUCCGAACACGCCGGUCGCUGCGUCCCCGCCAGCUCCUCCCCGCGGUUUGAGGCGGGCUGGGCGACCUCCUCCGGCUGA